UUCGGUUCCAACUCUCAAUCCAAAAUGAGAGGAAUAACCCUCGUGAUCCUUUGCUGCACUCUGCAGUACGCAGCUGCAAAUUUCAACCCGCUAAAGGUAGCGGGACUUGAUAAACUAUCCAAUAGUCACACGACGGUUCUAAAUGAAACUGAUAAAAUUGUCAAAGACAAAUUCGGACAUUUAGAAGAAAUCAAAACGAAGAGAUCAAAGAUUGAAUUUGAUUCUCUACCACCAGGCUUGCAAAAACAUCAUGGACAUUCAAAGAUCUUUAAAAAGUUCUUCAUUGAAAUUGAUGAAGAGACUGGUAAAGAAAUAGUUAUCGAGGAAGAGUCUACAGUGACGAGACUCGAUGAGGAAGAGGAUAACUCAUCUGCUUCAGCAUCAGCCUCUUCCAGUGCAUCUUCAUCAUCAUCUGCAAAUGCAAAUGGCCGACCACAACCCGGUCCUAAAGCAUCUGCUGCAGCGUCUGCAGUAGCAAACGCACAGGGUUAUGGUGGCCCCAGCGCUAUCAACCGCAGGGGUCCUGCAGGACUAUCAGCUCAGGUACAACCACAACAACAAUCCGGCCCAAGCAGCUCAGCUCCUGGUGAGAAGAUUGUUAUCAUAAGAGAGGGUUCCUCAGCUGGUCCUGAUGCACAAUACGGAUCCGGUGCAAGUUCAGAUGCAGGAGCAGCAUCAGGAGAGAACUCCGGAGCACUAUAUGGUCAAGGUGGCUACGCGUCCGGUGAAAUCAUAGGACCAAACGACUAUGAGGGAGUUCAAGGCCAAUACGGAUCAAGAGCAGCUGGUCCAUCUGGUAACGGCUAUGGAGCACUUAACGGCCUCAGUGGACUCAACGGUGCUAACCAAGGUUCAGCAGCAGCAUCAAGCGCAUCUGCUCAAUCCAAGGGACGAGACAACACUGUCAUCAUUCUUGAGGGAGGUUCCUCAUCGUCAGCCUCUGCUUCAUCCGCUGCCUCUUCAGGUGGCCAAGGAGGACGAGGUGGCCAAGGAGCAGGAUACGGAGCAUCUGGCUCGCAAGGACUUAACGGACUCGCCUAUGGCCCAGGUUCAUCUGGAUCACACGCAAACGCACAAUCCUCAGCCAACGCUGGACAAGGCUACGGCCCAGGCAGCCUCUACGGAGCUAAUGGUGAUAAUGUAUAUGGUGGUGCUCGUGCAGCAGCCUCAGCAGCCUCAGCGGCCGCAGAAGCAGCAGCAGAAGCAGCCGCAGCAGGAGCAGCAGCAGAGGCAGCAGCAUUAGCAGCUGCAUCUGGCAACAACUACGGAGGACUCAAUGGACAGGGACGACUCAACUAUGCCAACCAAGGACCAAGCAGCUCAUCGGCUUCAUCGGCAUCAGCUUCGCAAUCAAGCGAUGAAGACACCACUGUCAUCAUUCUUGGUGAAGGACCUUCAGCAUCAUCAGCUGCUUCCUCCAGUGCCUCUUCAGGUGGCCAAGGAGGACGAGGUGGACGAGGAGGACGCGGAGGCCAAGGAGCAGGAUACGCCCCAUACGGCUCGCAAGGACUUAAUGGACUCUACAACGGACCAGGCGCAUCUGGAUCCAACGCAAACGCACAAUCUUCGGCAAGCGCUGGACAAGGAUACGGACCAAGCGGCCUUUACGAACUCGACGGUGUUGACGCAUACGGUGCAAACGCAGCAGCCGCAGCAGCAGCAGGCGCAGCAGGAAACGGCUAUGGACAGCAAAACGGACUUGAUGGACUUUAUGAAUCCAAUGACCUCCAAGGACUUGACGGUCUUUACGGACAAGGUGGCUACGGAGCCGGUGCAGGAUAUGGAGUAGGUGCAGGAGCAAACGCAGGAGCCGCAUCUGGUAGCGGCUAUGGAGCACUUAACGGCCUCGGUGGACUCAACGGUGCCAACCAAGGUUCAGCAGCAGCAUCAAGCGCAUCUGCUCAAUCCAAGGGACGAGACAAUACUGUCAUCAUUCUUGAGGGAGGUUCCUCAUCGUCAGCCUCUGCUUCAUCCGCUGCCUCUUCAGGUGGCCAAGGAGGACGAGGUGGCCAAGGAGCAGGAUACGGAGCAUCUGGCUCGCAAGGACUUAACGGACUCGCCUAUGGCCCAGGUUCAUCUGGAUCAGACGCAAACGCACAAUCCUCAGCCAACGCUGGACAAGGCUACGGCCCAGGCAGCCUCUACGGAGCUAAUGGUGAUAAUGUAUAUGGUGGUGCUCGUGCAGCAGCCUCAGCAGCCUCAGCGGCCGCAGAAGCAGCAGCAGAAGCAGCCGCAGCAGGAGCAGCAGCAGAGGCAGCAGCAUUAGCAGUUGCAUCUGGCAACAACUACGGAGGACUCAAUGGACAGGGACGACUCAACUAUGCCAACCAAGGACCAAGCAGCUCAUCGGCUUCAUCGGCAUCAGCUUCGCAAUCAAGCGAUGAAGACACCACUGUCAUCAUUCUUGGUGAAGGAUCUUCAGCAUCAUCAGCUGCUUCUUCAGGUGGCCAAGGAAGACGAGGUGGACGAGGAGGACGCGGAGGCCAAGGAGCAGGAUACGCCCCAUACGGCUCGCAAGGACCUAAUGGACUCUACAACGGACCAGGCGCAUCUGGAUCCAACGCAAACGCACAAUCUUCGGCAAGCGCUGGACAAGGAUACGGACCAAGCGGCCUUUACGAACUCGACGGUGUUGACGCAUACGGUGCAAACGCAGCAGCCGCAGCAGCAGCAGGCGCAGCAGGAAACGGCUAUGGACAGCAAAACGGACUUGAUGGACUUUAUGAAUCCAAUGACCUCCAAGGACUUGACGGUCUAUACGGACAAGGUGGCUACGGAGCCGGUGCAGGAUAUGGAGCAGGUGCAGGAGCAAACGCAGGAGCCGCAUCUGGUAACGGUUAUGGAGCACUUAACGGCCUCGGUGGACUCAACGGUGCCAACCAAGGUUCAGCAGCAGCAUCAAGCGCAUCUGCUCAAUCCAAGGGACGAGACAACACUGUCAUCAUUCUUGAGGGAGGUUCCUCAUCGUCAGCCUCUGCUUCAUCCGCUGCCUCUUCAGGUGGCCAAGGAGGACGAGGUGGCCAAGGAGCAGGAUACGGAGCAUCUGGCUCGCAAGGACUUAACGGACUCGCCUAUGGCCCAGGUUCAUCUGGAUCAGACGCAAACGCACAAUCCUCAGCCAACGCUGGACAAGGCUACGGCCCGGGCAGCCUCUACGGAGCUAAUGGUGAUAAUGUAUAUGGUGGUGUUCGUGCAGCAGCCUCAGCAGCCUCAGCGGCCGCAGAAGCAGCAGCAGAAGCAGCCGCAGCAGGAGCAGCAGCAGAGGCAGCAGCAUUAGCAGCUGCAUCUGGCAACAACUACGGAGGACUCAAUGGACAGGGACGACUCAACUAUGCCAACCAAGGACCAAGCAGCUCAUCGGCUUCAUCGGCAUCAGCUUCGCAAUCAAGCGAUGAAGACACCACUGUCAUCAUUCUUGGUGAAGGACCUUCAGCAUCAUCAGCUGCUUCCUCCAGUGCCUCUUCAGGUGGCCAAGGAGGACGAGGUGGACGAGGAGGACGCGGAGGCCAAGGAGCAGGAUACGCCCCAUACGGCUCGCAAGGACUUAAUGGACUCUACAACGGACCAGGCGCAUCUGGAUCCAACGCAAACGCACAAUCUUCGGCAAGCGCUGGACAAGGAUACGGACCAAGCGGCCUUUACGAACUCGACGGUGUUGACGCAUACGGUGCAAACGCAGCAGCCGCAGCAGCAGCAGGCGCAGCAGGAAACGGCUAUGGACAGCAAAACGGACUUGAUGGACUUUAUGAAUCCAAUGACCUCCAAGGACUUGACGGUCUUUACGGACAAGGUGGCUACGGAGCCGGUGCAGGAUAUGGAGCAGGUGCAGGAGCAAACGCAGGAGCCGCAUCUGGUAGCGGCUAUGGAGCACUUAACGGCCUCGGUGUACUUAACGGUGCCAACCAAGGUUCAGCAGCAGCAUCAAGCGCAUCUGCUCAAUCCAAGGGACGAGACAAUACUGUCAUCAUUCUUGAGGGAGGUUCCUCAUCGUCAGCCUCUGCUUCAUCCGCUGCCUCUUCAGGUGGCCAAGGAGGACGAGGUGGCCAAGGAGCAGGAUACGGAGCAUCUGGCUCGCAAGGACUUAACGGACUCGCCUAUGGCCCAGGUUCAUCUGGAUCAGACGCAAACGCACAAUCCUCAGCCAACGCUGGACAAGGCUACGGCCCAGGCAGCCUCUACGGAGCUAAUGGUGAUAAUGUAUAUGGUGGUGCUCGUGCAGCAGCCUCAGCAGCCUCAGCGGCCGCAGAAGCAGCAGCAGAAGCAGCCGCAGCAGGAGCAGCAGCAGAGGCAGCAGCAUUAGCAGCUGCAUCUGGCAACAACUACGGAGGACUCAAUGGACAGGGACGACUCAACUAUGCCAACCAAGGACCAAGCAGCUCAUCGGCUUCAUCGGCAUCAGCUUCGCAAUCAAGCGAUGAAGACACCACUGUCAUCAUUCUUGGUGAAGGACCUUCAGCAUCAUCAGCUGCUUCCUCCAGUGCCUCUUCAGGUGGCCAAGGAGGACGAGGUGGACGAGGAGGACGCGGAGGCCAAGGAGCAGGAUACGCCCCAUAUGGCUCGCAAGGACUUAAUGGACUCUACAACGGACCAGGCGCAUCUGGAUCCAACGCAAACGCACAAUCUUCGGCAAGCGCUGGACAAGGAUACGGACCAAGCGGCCUUUACGAACUCGACGGUGUUGACGCAUACGGUGCAAACGCAGCAGCCGCAGCAGCAGCAGGCGCAGCAGGAAACGGCUAUGGACAGCAAAACGGACUUGAUGGACUUUAUGAAUCCAAUGACCUCCAAGGACUUGACGGUCUUUACGGACAAGGUGGCUACGGAGCCGGUGCAGGAUAUGGAGCAGGUGCAGGAGCAAACGCAGGAGCCGCAUCUGGUAGCGGCUAUGGAGCACUUAACGGCCUCGGUGGACUCAACGGUGCCAACCAAGGUUCAGCAGCAGCAUCAAGCGCAUCUGCUCAAUCCAAGGGACGAGACAACACUGUCAUCAUUCUUGAGGGAGGUUCCUCAUCGUCAGCCUCUGCUUCAUCCGCUGCCUCUUCAGGUGGCCAAGGAGGACGAGGUGGCCAAGGAGCAGGAUACGGAGCAUCUGGCUCGCAAGGACUUAACGGACUCGCCUAUGGCCCAGGUUCAUCUGGAUCAGACGCAAACGCACAAUCCUCAGCCAACGCUGGACAAGGCUACGGCCCAGGCAGCCUCUACGGAGCUAAUGGUGAUAAUGUAUAUGGUGGUGCUCGUGCAGCAGCCUCAGCAGCCUCAGCGGCCGCAGAAGCAGCAGCAGAAGCAGCCGCAGCAGGAGCAGCAGCAGAGGCAGCAGCAUUAGCAGUUGCAUCUGGCAACAACUACCGAGGACUCAAUGGACAGGGACGACUCAACUAUGCCAACCAAGGACCAAGCAGCUCAUCGGCUUCAUCGGCAUCAGCUUCGCAAUCAAGCGAUGAAGACACCACUGUCAUCAUUCUUGGUGAAGGACCUUCAGCAUCAUCAGCUGCUUCCUCCAGUGCCUCUUCAGGUGGCCAAGGAGGACGAGGUGGACGAGGAGGACGCGGAGGACGCGGAGGCCAAGGAGCAGGAUACGCCCCAUACGGCUCGCAAGGACUUAAUGGACUCUACAACGGACCAGGCGCAUCUGGAUCCAACGCAAACGCACAAUCUUCGGCAAGCGCUGGACAAGGAUACGGACCAAGCGGCCUUUACGAACUCGAGGGUGUUGACGCAUACGGUGCAAACGCAGCAGCCGCAGCAGCAGCAGGCGCAGCAGGAAACGGCUAUGGACAGCAAAACGGACUUGAUGGACUUUAUGAAUCCAAUGACCUCCAAGGACUUGACGGUCUUUACGGACAAGGUGGCUACGGAGCCGGUGCAGGAUAUGGAGCAGGUGCAGGAGCAAACGCAGGAGCCGCAUCUGGUAAUGGCUAUGGAGCACUUAACGGCCUCGGUGGACUCAACGGUGCCAACCAAGGUUCAGCAGCAGCAUCAAGCGCAUCUGCUCAAUCCAAGGGACGAGACAACACUGUCAUCAUUCUUGAGGGAGGUUCCUCAUCGUCAGCCUCUGCUUCAUCCGCUGCCUCUUCAGGUGGCCAAGGAGGACGAGGUGGCCAAGGAGCAGGAUACGGAGCAUCUGGCUCGCAAGGACUUAACGGACUCGCCUAUGGCCCAGGUUCAUCUGGAUCAGACGCAAACGCACAAUCCUCAGCCAACGCUGGACAAGGCUACGGACCAGGCAGCCUCUACGGAGCUAAUGGUGAUAAUGUAUAUGGUGGUGCUCGUGCAGCAGCCUCAGCAGCCUCAGCGGCCGCAGAAGCAGCAGCAGAAGCAGCCGCAGCAGGAGCAGUAGCAGAGGCAGCAGCAUUAGCAGCUGCAUCUGGCAACAACUACGGAGGACUCAAUGGACAGGGACGACUCAACUAUGCCAACCAAGGACCAAGCAGCUCAUCGGCUUCAUCGGCAUCAGCUUCGCAAUCAAGCGAUGAAGACACCACUGUCAUCAUUCUUGGUGAAGGACCUUCAGCAUCAUCAGCUGCUUCCUCCAGUGCCUCUUCAGGUGGCCAAGGAGGACGAGGUGGACGAGGAGGACGCGGAGGCCAAGGAGCAGGAUACGCCCCAUACGGCUCGCAAGGACUUAAUGGACUCUACAACGGACCAGGCGCAUCUGGAUCCAACGCAAACGCACAAUCUUCGGCAAGCGCUGGACAAGGAUACGGACCAAGCGGCCUUUACGAACUCGACGGUGUUGACGCAUACGGUGCAAACGCAGCAGCCGCAGCAGCAGCAGGCGCAGCAGGAAACGGCUAUGGACAGCAAAACGGACUUGAUGGACUUUAUGAAUCCAAUGACCUCCAAGGACUUGACGGUCUAUACGGACAAGGUGGCUACGGAGCCGGUGCAGGAUAUGGAGCAGGUGCAGGAGCAAACGCAGGAGCCGCAUCUGGUAACGGUUAUGGAGCACUUAACGGCCUCGGUGGACUCAACGGUGCCAACCAAGGUUCAGCAGCAGCAUCAAGCGCAUCUGCUCAAUCCAAGGGACGAGACAACACUGUCAUCAUUCUUGAGGGAGGUUCCUCAUCGUCAGCCUCUGCUUCAUCCGCUGCCUCUUCAGGUGGCCAAGGAGGACGAGGUGGCCAAGGAGCAGGAUACGGAGCAUCUGGCUCGCAAGGACUUAACGGACUCGCCUAUGGCCCAGGUACAUCUGGAUCAGACGCAAACGCACAAUCCUCAGCCAACGCUGGACAAGGCUACGGACCAGGCAGCCUCUACGGAGCUAAUGGUGAUAAUGUAUAUGGUGGUGCUCGUGCAGCAGCCUCAGCAGCCUCAGCGGCCGCAGAAGCAGCAGCAGAAGCAGCCGCAGCAGGAGCAGCAGCAGAGGCAGCAGCAUUAGCAGCUGCAUCUGGCAACAACUACGGAGGACUCAAUGGACAGGGACGACUCAACUAUGCCAACCAAAGACCAAGCAGCUCAUCGGCUUCAUCGGCAUCAGCUUCGCAAUCAAGCGAUGAAGACACCACUGUCAUCAUUCUUGGUGAAGGACCUUCAGCAUCAUCAGCUGCUUCCUCCAGUGCCUCUUCAGGUGGCCAAGGAGGACGAGGUGGACGAGGAGGACGCGGAGGCCAAGGAGCAGGAUACGCCCCAUAUGGCUCGCAAGGACUUAAUGGACUCUACAACGGACCAGGCGCAUCUGGAUCCAACGCAAACGCACAAUCUUCGGCAAGCGCUGGACAAGGAUACGGACCAAGCGGCCUUUACGAACUCGACGGUGUUGACGCAUACGGUGCAAACGCAGCAGCCGCAGCAGCAGCAGGCGCAGCAGGAAACGGCUAUGGACAGCAAAACGGACUUGAUGGACUUUAUGAAUCCAAUGACCUCCAAGGACUUGACGGUCUUUACGGACAAGGUGGCUACGGAGCCGGUGCAGGAUAUGGAGCAGGUGCAGGAGCAAACGCAGGAGCCGCAUCUGGUAGCGGCAAUGGAGCACUUAACGGCCUCGGUGGACUCAACGGUGCCAACCAAGGUUCAGCAGCAGCAUCAAGCGCAUCUGCUCAAUCCAAGGGACGAGACAAUACUGUCAUCAUUCUUGAGGGAGGUUCCUCAUCGUCAGCCUCUGCUUCAUCCGCUGCCUCUUCAGGUGGCCAAGGAGGACGAGGUGGCCAAGGAGCAGGAUACGGAGCAUCUGGCUCGCAAGGACUUAACGGACUCGCCUAUGGCCCAGGUUCAUCUGGAUCAGACGCAAACGCACAAUCCUCAGCCAACGCUGGACAAGGCUACGGCCCAGGCAGCCUCUACGGAGCUAAUGGUGAUAAUGUAUAUGGUGGUGCUCGUGCAGCAGCCUCAGCAGCCUCAGCGGCCGCAGAAGCAGCAGCAGAAGCAGCCGCAGCAGGAGCAGCAGCAGAGGCAGCAGCAUUAACAGCUGCAUCUGGCAACAACUACGGAGGACUCAAUGGACAGGGACGACUCAACUAUGCCAACCAAGGACCAAGCAGCUCAUCGGCUUCAUCGGCAUCAGCUUCGCAAUCAAGCGAUGAAGACACCACUGUCAUCAUUCUUGGUGAAGGACCUUCAGCAUCAUCAGCUGCUUCCUCCAGUGCCUCUUCAGGUGGCCAAGGAGGACGAGGUGGACGAGGAGGACGCGGAGGCCAAGGAGCAGGAUACGCCCCAUACGGCUCGCAAGGACCUAAUGGACUCUACAACGGACCAGGCGCAUCUGGAUCCAACGCAAACGCACAAUCUUCGGCAAGCGCUGGACACGGAUACGGACCAAGCGGAAUCGGUGGACUUUAUGAAUCCAAUGACCUCCAAGGACUUGACGGUCUUUACGGACAAGGUGGCUACGGAGCCGGUGCAGGAUAUGGAGCAGGUGCAGGAGCAAACGCAGGAGCCGCAUCUGGUAGCGGCUAUGGAGCACUUAACGGCCUCGGUGGACUCAACGGUGCCAGCCAAGGUUCAGCAGCAGCAUCAAGCGCAUCUGCUCAAUCCAAGGGACGAGACAAUACUGUCAUCAUUCUUGAGGGAGGUUCCUCAUCGUCAGCCUCUGCUUCAUCCGCUGCCUCUUCAGGUGGCCAAGGAGGACGAGGUGGCCAAGGAGCAGGAUACGGAGCAUCUGGCUCGCAAGGACUUAACGGACUCGCCUAUGGCCCAGGUUCAUCUGGAUCAGACGCAAACGCACAAUCCUCAGCCAACGCUGGACAAGGCUACGGACCAGGCAGCCUCUACGGAGCUAAUGGUGAUAAUGUAUAUGGUGGUGCUCGUGCAGCAGCCUCAGCAGCCUCAGCGGCCGCAGAAGCAGCAGCAGAAGCAGCCGCAGCAGGAGCAGCAGCAGAGGCAGCAGCAUUAGCAGCUGCAUCUGGCAACAACUACGGAGGACUCAAUGGACAGGGACGACUCAACUAUGCCAACCAAGGACCAAGCAGCUCAUCGGCUUCAUCGGCAUCAGCUUCGCAAUCAAGCGAUGAAGACACCACUGUCAUCAUUCUUGGUGAAGGACCUUCAGCAUCAUCAGCUGCUUCCUCCAGUGCCUCUUCAGGUGGCCAAGGAGGACGAGGUGGACGAGGAGGACGCGGAGGCCAAGGAGCAGGAUACGCCCCAUACGGCUCGCAAGGACCUAAUGGACUAUACAACGGACCAGGCGCAUCUGAAUCCAACGCAAACGCACAAUCUUCGGCAAGCGCUGGACAAGGAUACGGACCAAGCGGAAUCGGUGGACUUUAUGAAUCCAAUGACCUUCAAGGACUUGACGGUCUUUACGGACAAGGUGGCUACGGAGCCGGUGCAGGAUAUGGAGCAGGUGCAGGAGCAAACGCAGGAGCCGCAUCUGGUAGCGGCUAUGGAGCACUUAACGGCCUCGGUGGACUCAACGGUGCCAGCCAAGGUUCAGCAGCAGCAUCAAGCGCAUCUGCUCAAUCCAAGGGACGAGACAAUACUGUCAUCAUUCUUGAGGGAGGUUCCUCAUCGUCAGCCUCUGCUUCAUCCGCUGCCUCUUCAGGUGGCCAAGGAGGACGAGGUGGCCAAGAAGCAGGAUACGGAGCAUCUGGCUCGCAAGGACUUAACGGACUCGCCUAUGGCCCAGGUUCAUCUGGAUCAGACGCAAACGCACAAUCCUCAGCCAACGCUGAACAAGGCUACGGACCAGGCAGCCUCUACGGAGCUAAUGGUGAUAAUGUAUAUGGUGGUGCUCGUGCAGCAGCCUCAGCAGUCUCAGCGGCCGCAGAAGCAGCAGCAGAAGCAGCCGCAGCAGGAGCAGCAGCAGAGGCAGCAGCAUUAGCAGCUGCAUCUGGCAACAACUACGGAGGACUCAAUGGACAGGGACGACUCAACUAUGCCAACCAAAGACCAAGCAGCUCAUCGGCUUCAUCGGCAUCAGCUUCGCAAUCAAGCGAUGAAGACACCACUGUCAUCAUUCUUGGUGAAGGACCUUCAGCAUCAUCAGCUGCUUCCUCCAGUGCCUCUUCAGGUGGCCAAGGAGGACGAGGUGGACGAGGAGGACGCGGAGGCCAAGGAGCAGGAUACGCCCCAUACGGCUCGCAAGAACUUAAUGGACUCUACAACGGACCAGGCGCAUCUGGAUCCAACGCAAACGCACAAUCUUCGGCAAGCGCUGGACAAGGAUACGGACCAAGCGGCCUUUACGAACUCGACGGUGUUGACGCAUACGGUGCAAACGCAGCAGCCGCAGCAGCAGCAAGCGCAGCAGGAAACGGCUAUGGACAGCAAAACGGACUUGAUGGACUUUAUGAAUCCAAUGACCUCCAAGGACUUGACGGUCUUUACGGACAAGGUGGCUACGGAGCCGGUGCAGGAUAUGGAGCAGGUGCAGGAGCAAACGCAGGAGCCGCAUCUGGUAAUGGCUAUGGAGCACUUAACGGCCUCGGUGGACUCAACGGUGCCAACCAAGGUUCAGCAGCAGCAUCAAGCGCAUCUGCUCAAUCCAAGGGACGAGACAACACUGUCAUCAUUCUUGAGGGAGGUUCCUCAUCGUCAGCCUCUGCUUCAUCCGCUGCCUCUUCAGGUGGCCAAGGAGGACGAGGUGGCCAAGGAGCAGGAUACGGAGCAUCUGGCUCGCAAGGACUUAACGGACUCGCCUAUGGCCCAGGUUCAUCUGGAUCAGACGCAAACGCACAAUCCUCAGCCAACGCUGGACAAGGCUACGGACCAGGCAGCCUCUACGGAGCUAAUGGUGAUAAUGUAUAUGGUGGUGCUCGUGCAGCAGCCUCAGCAGCCUCAGCGGCCGCAGAAGCAGCAGCAGAAGCAGCCGCAGCAGGAGCAGUAGCAGAGGCAGCAGCAUUAGCAGCUGCAUCUGGCAACAACUACGGAGGACUCAAUGGACAGGGACGACUCAACUAUGCCAACCAAGGACCAAGCAGCUCAUCGGCUUCAUCGGCAUCAGCUUCGCAAUCAAGCGAUGAAGACACCACUGUCAUCAUUCUUGGUGAAGGACCUUCAGCAUCAUCAGCUGCUUCCUCCAGUGCCUCUUCAGGUGGCCAAGGAGGACGAGGUAGACGAGGAGGACGCGGAGGCCAAGGAGCAGGAUACGCCCCAUACGGCUCGCAAGGACCUAAUGGACUCUACAACGGACCAGGCGCAUCUGAAUCCAACGCAAACGCACAAUCUUCGGCAAGCGCUGGACAAGGAUACGGACCAAGCGGAAUCGGUGGACUUUAUGAAUCCAAUGACCUUCAAGGACUGAACGGUCUUUACGGACAAGGUGGCUACGGAGCCGGUGCAGGAUAUGGAGCAGGUGCAGGAGCAAACGCAGGAGCCGCAUCUGGUAACGGCAAUGGAGCACUUAACGGCCUCGGUGGACUCAACGGUGCCAACCAAGGAUCAGGCGCACCUGUUCAAUCCAGCGGCGGAGACAACACUGUCAUCAUUCUUGAGGGAGGUUCCUCAUCGCCAUCCUCUGCAUCUUCCAGUGCCUCUUCAGGUGGCCAAGGAGGACAGGGCUAUUAUGGCCCAGGAUCAGCUGAAGCAGCAGCGGAAGCAGCAGCCGAAGCAGCAGUAGAAGCAGCCGUAGAGACAGCCGCUGACGCAGCAGUAGCAGCAGCAGCCGCUGCAUCAGCGUCAGUUAACGCUAUCCAAGCAGAACAAUACGCAUUAAGCGGUCUUUACGCUAAUGACAAUGGAUACGGAUCGGAGUCUUCAUCUUCGGCAGCUUCAUCAUCUGCAAGUGGAUCAUCUGACAAGGUUAUUAUUAUCGAAGGUGGCUCACGUGGAUCAUCAGCAGCUAGUUCGUCGACCCAAGAGUCAUAUGCUCCUUAUGGAUCCGGAUACGGUGCUGGAAGUAGCGCAUCUGCAUCUGGAUCAGCCCUGGGAGCUAGAGGCCGCAAGAACUGCCGCAUCACUCGUAACACAAUCUUUGUGAAGUUCGGCACUCGUCGCGCGCCAUGCCGUACUUGCUAGUUUAUUAAUUUCAUAAUUGUUUUUUGCCCUGGAUACAUCUUUUCUUUUCAAUGUAAAUAAAUCUUGGCAUUUUA